AUGAUUAGUGGAAGCAGUGGCAGCAGCAGCAGCAGUAGUAGCAGCAUCAGCAGUCAACCGCUGAAGAAGAGGAGAACAACCCGUGGCAAGGAGGCCACAGGUCUAUCCUCGAACAACAGCACACAUAACCUCCUUCUGAAACAUCUGCAAGGUCAAUACCUCGUCAAUGAUGUACUGCCCAAGAGCAUCAACACUAAAUAUGAACACGACGACGCAAAGCUUAAUAUACAGCAUCAUCUAUUGGUACUGAAUCAACAGCAGCAGAGUCAGCAGACACAGGUUCAAUCACCACAACAGGCAUCCAAUCGAUGGGAGGACAGACCGCAUCAUUCAUCGUCGUCGUCGCCUCACGUUUUUUUCAACACGACUCCAAGUAUAUCAGUGGACGAUGUUAAAUUCAACGCGAAUGCAGCCCUGCAUCAACAUCAGCAGCAAAGUAGCCUAUCAAAGUCUGCGGGCGUUGGCGGUGGCGCAGCCACCAACUUUACAUUCGUAUCACCGAGCAUUGGCAACAGCACUGGGGUCCACAAUGGAGGUGGCUCAGCGUCAAGCAGCAGCAGUGGCAGUAGCAGCAAGAAGAAGAUGGUCUCACCCAACCUGGUCUCUUCAUCCAUACAACUAGUUAAUCAAAUGCCCCAGCAGCAGCAUCAUCAUCAAACCAACAUGUUGACGACGACAUCAAUUAAUACAAUCCCAUAUAUACAACCAUUUACAACAAAUAACAAUAUCCUCAGCAACAACAACAAUAGCAACAACAUCACCAAUACUACUCAGUCCAUUAAGGGCAUCCCGACCGUGGUUCCUCACAUCCACAAGCCAAUACCAAGCAAACCCUCGCAGAAACGCCAUUGCACACCUAUAUCCACACCAUCACCAAUGCCAAUAAGCAGCUUGCCUUCGCUGCCACAACCGGCCAUCCGCUCAUUCCCCUACAUUACCAUCUCCGACAAGCUCAACGCCUUCAAGCCCAUCACCAAGGAGUUCCCGCCUACCACCUACACCAACACCAGCUUCCCAUCACUGCACUUUGCCUCACCCUCAACGCCAACCUACUCGAUCACCAGGCCACACUACUCACUCUCGCCCUUCAUCCCUAUCGAGAAGGAACCUGUCUAUAUCCCAUCCCCAUGUACAACAACCAAUACAGCUGCAUCGGCGGCAGCAGCAUCAACAACAAACAUCAAUCAUCACAACCAUAACCACAUUGCAGUACAUCCCAAUGUCAACAACAACUUAUGUCAUGCUGUAUCUAAACAACUUGAGCAGCAUAAGACCGUCAUUGCCAACGCCAACAACAUCAACACAAACAACAACACUUUACAGAAAAAGAAGAAGAAGUCGCAGGGCUACUGCGAAUGCUGCAACACCGAGUUUGAGAGCUUAAAGGCUCAUCUCGAGAGCAAGGAGCAUCGUAGCUUUGCCGAGAAGGACAAGAACUACGCCAAGAUCGACUCGGUCAUCAUGAGUCUGUCCCUCAAGUCCUACUAG